AUGGAUUCAACAAUUUCGGAGAGAGGUGGAAGCGACCUUUCAAAAACAAGUAUAUUUACAACGAGAUAUCCACACAAUGAUGAUAAUGUUGACGGAACAACGAAAAGUAGAUUUACCACUCAUUCCCAAAUUCAACUCCAAGUUAGAACGUUUGCCACUCCUCCGACAAUUCAAAAAACCUUCAAGUUUUAUAUUCAUGAAAAUGUUCGCUACGAUGGCGACAUGAAGAAUUGCAAUUCCUCAUUGGAUCCAUGUUUUCUGAUGGAUCAUGCAUUGGCAUUUGUUACGAGCGAUGUCACACAGAACUUACAACAGCAGACAGGUCGUAUUCGAAUUCAAUUUUAUCUCAUGACGAAUGUAUCUUCAUCCUAUUAUUGUCAUAAUUCUCUUGAGGAAUCGAGUGGAAAAUUUACGUAUGAAAUUCAUGUGUUUGCAUUUGAGCCUCUGGAUCAACAACGACCACAAGUUCAUUGUCAAGGAGCAGGAUUGAUCAAAAAUUCUCAACAAGUUGUGAAAUUGACUUUUAACAACUUGACACUUUAUGAUACUUUUAUUGGCAUGUCAUUCAAUUCCGUGAGUGACGAUGCUUUAAUAGAAAUUAACUCGUGUACCUUGAAUGGACCUGGCAGACAAGCUUCAGUAAUCAUUUCAUCAAGAGGAGCGAAUUUGCGAAUUGUUCAUUCUCAAUUAUCAUCCAUGAACGUGGCAUCAAAAGAGGGCAUAAUGGUCUUUGAAAAGAGUAUCAUUUCUGAUAGCUUUUUGGAUUUUAUCGAUACCACUAGUAUCAUAUUUACAGCAUGCACACUGGAUCGUUCGACAGGCAUUCAAUCAGCAGGCUCAUCGGUUCACAUGGAAUUUUGCACACUCCAUCAUGUUCCUGAAUUUAAUGUGGAAAAGUUCAGUUUUGUGGCCCUUCAUCAAUGCUCGCUCACAAACACUCGAUUGUUAAUUAGUUUUGGAAAUGAGUUUGUCAUUCAAUUCAGUAAUGUCACAGGUUCCAAUAAUUUAUUUACUGUCAAGGGAGUGGUUAGCGUCAUUAUUCAACACAAUAACAUCUACGACACGGACGUGUCACCUCUUGAAACCGACAGUCGAGCAAUUUUUGACAUGGUUCUCUCUGAUUAUGUUUACGUUUAUCAAACCAAUAUUAUUGGUAGUCCAAGGAGAGCUAUUUAUAUUGAUGAAGCGAACACGAUAUUCUUUCGAGAAAGUAAUUUUAUUAACAACCGAGGAGGAAUAUUUAUUAACAAGUUGGUACGAUUUACGUCAGGUGUCGAAAGAAAUGUCGUGCGAAUAUGGAGUUGUCUUUUCAUGAACAAUACUGUUUCAGGAGGAGAUGGAGGGGCAGCGAACAUUCCAAAAGCAGAUGUCAUUCACAUCUAUUCCUCUACUUUUAUUGACAAUACAGCUGCAAAUGGAGGAGCCAUAUACUUGAAUCAGGGCUCUGCAGAAGUUGAUAAUUGCACAUUUUCUAAUAACGUGGCUCGUUUAGUGACAGGAGUCACCAUUGGAAAGACUGGAAAUGGAGGAGCAAUUUAUUUGAAAGAUAUGGAUUACAUCAACAUUGGUAAUACCAAUUUUAUUCAAAACAGAGCAAUCCGUGGGGGAGCAGUAUACAUGUUGAAAGAGAAGGAUUCAGGAUUUAAUGACGACAUUCGUUUCAAUUUGAAUUGCAUGGAUAACACAGCAACCUAUUUAGGACAUUGUUUUUACUCUGAACAAUCUGUACCUCUUUUUAGAUAUUUGAAUUUCACCAAAAUUCGUGGGUCUCAAGUUGGCAAUUAUCAGGUUGCGACAUCCUUUAUUUCACUCACUGGAUGGUCUUUUAGCAAAAACGCUACACAAACGAGAGAGUCAAAACUGAGUCUAUAUCCGGGCCAAGUCAUUUCCAUUUAUUUUGGAAUUGUGGAUUAUUUUGGUCAGAACAUUACCAAUCUUCAACAACAGCCAAUACUCAUGGUCAAUGAUGACGUGUUGUCAACAGUUUCCUUUUCAAGAAACAAUAUUAGUAUUGAAAGAUUAUACUUUGAAAUUAGAGAUGAAUCAGUGAAACAUUUUAAUUUCUCUGUGGCAUUCCCUGGAACUAGCAUGAGUGUGACAUUUGAGGUCAAUGUACAAGAUUGUCUACCAGGAUUUAUUCUUUCAACCAUUUCUGCGUCACGUUUAAUUUGCCAAAAAGAUGUUGCAUGGCCAAUUAUUAUUCCACUCAUUGUUGUUGGAUCUCUUUUGGUUUUUGCUUUAGGAAUAUUUAUUGGAAUUGGGUUAUUAUAUUGUGGAUGGCGAAUUGCUUCUCGAUUGAGAAGGUUGAAUCAACGAGAAAAGGCAGAGAAGAAACUUGAAAAGAAGUUGUUGGAUAAAAAGUUUAUAUUUUCAGAGGAUCAUAUAGAACUCUCUUCGGAUUUACAAACGAAAUUACUGGACUCGUAUAUUGAUCCUACAGAUUCGAGUGGAUCUGGAGGCAAGAAAGACAAGAAACCACAGAAAAAAGAUACAUUUAUCAUUCCAAUAGAUAGCAUUGAUGUGAUUAAAAAGAUUGGUGAAGGUGCGAAUGGAAUUGUUUAUUUAGGAAAAUGGUCUGGCACUGACGUUGCCUUAAAGAGCUUGAAAUUUGACAAUUCGAACGAUUCAAAUCAAGAUAACGAAGAAUUUGAAACGGAAGCAGCUCUGCUUAGUGAUUUGAGACAUCCUUCCAUUGUUAACUUUUUUGGAGUUGCUAUGAGUCAAUCGGUCAAGUAUAUGGUUGUGGAAUUUCUAUCUAAAGGAAGUCUCGAUAAAGCAAUAUACAACUCGAAGAUUGGAAAAGAAAUUUUAUCAUUGGAAACGAAAAUUUCCAUUCUGAAAAGUGUGUCAUCUGGCAUGAGUUAUUUACAUUCCCUGAAACCUUAUGCCAUUAUUCAUAGAGAUUUGAAACCUGCAAACAUUUUGCUAGAUGGAGCCAUGAAUGCCAAAGUUUCGGAUUUUGGCUUAUCCAAACUUGUCUCAACCAAUGCUACCGCAACCAUGACCACCAAUUUAGGUACCUUGUUUUAUAUGAGCCCAGAGAUUUUAGGCGACUCGGAUGAAAAUUCCAUCACCACCAAAUUGGAUGUUUACAGCUUUGCCAUUAUCAUGUAUGAAUUAUUUUUUGAGGAGAACCCUUAUUUGAAUAUUCACUCAGAAAAGAUUCAUCGAUUUACUUCACCAGACAUAUCCGACAAGUCGUGUUUCAAUAUUCCAGCAAAGGUCAUUAAGGGACUCCGACCUAAAAUUCCCUUUUCUAAUGAGGAAGAACAACGAGUUUGGAUUUCAGAAUAUAUACGACCACGAGAGCAUUAUCUGGACAAUGAUGAUUUAUUUGAAUUGACGAGCCAAUAUUUACAUUUAAUGAUUCAAUGUUGGAGUGGAAAAUCACAACACAGACCUGAUUUUUCUUCUGUGACCACAACACUUUCCAACAUGUACAACAAGUUUUUUGAUUGA